AUGCCUUCAAACACACUCGGGGCCAAUCACCCCGGACCCCAGGGAUUGCUGUCACCCGCAGGCUACGACGACGACGCAUCCUCCAUCCACUCGCGGAGCGACCAGGACACGGACAGCGACGACGACCAGCUGCAGAUGCGAGCGCGCAACAGCCGCGAGCUGCGCGCCGCCGACCGGAUCGUCCUGAUGGAAGAGGAGGAGCUGGACCGCCUCGUCACCACGACGAGGCAGCAGCAGGAGCGCCAGCGCCGCGGCUCGGGACUCUCCGUGCCCAACCCGCUAAGGAUGUUUGGCCGCCACGGCGGCAGCUCCUCGCAGCAGUCAUCCCCCAGCGCCUCGGUGGAGGACUUGGUGUCGGAGAAGAGACGGGCCAGGCGGUCGAGGCGCAGGCAGAAGCGGCAGCGCCUGCGGGAAGACGCUCGCCACGGGGAGGACGGCGAGCUCAUGUACGAGAUGGAGGAGGGCGGCGUCAAGGACGGAAGCUCGACCGGCGACGGCACCGACCGCGAGAACAGCCUGGAGGAGGCGGAGCGCCGGCGUCGCCUCGACCUCGUCGCGCCGGCAAGGAGAGCCCGUGUCGGGGGGCGAGGCUGGCCGAGGUGGCUUCUCAUCCGCGCCCUCGUCGCCGUUGGGCUUUCGAUGCUGGCCCUGGUGGCGUGGAAGCUGUCGAGGGGUCCGGGACGCCGUCUCGGGACGCCGCCGGGGCUCGUCAGCAACGGCACCGCCCUCUUCGGGCCGACCACCAUCAUUCUCAGCCUGGACGGCUUCCGGGCGGACUUCCUGCACCGCGGCCUGACGCCCAGGCUGAGCGCCUUUGUCAGGGAGGGCGUGUCGCCGCAGUACAUGGAGCCGUCCUUCCCGUCCCUGACCUUCCCCAACCACUACACCCUGGCGACGGGCCUGUACCCCGAGGCCCACGGCAUCGUCGGCAACUCGUUCUGGGACCCCGUCACCGGGGACGAGUUCCACUACACGGACCCGGCCCGCAGCCUGGACGCCAAGUGGUGGGGGGGCGAGCCCUUCUGGGUGUCGGCCGAGAGGCAGGGCGUGCGCACGGCCGUCCACAUGUGGCCGGGCAGCGAGGCCCGCAUCCACGACAUGUUUGCCAGCUUCGUCGACAGGUACAACGGCAAGGAGCCGCUGGACAAGAAGGUCGCCCGGAUCCUGGGCCUGCUGGACCUGCCGGGCAAGGAGAGCGCCGCCGCCGCCGCCGCCGCCGGCGGCGGCCGCCCGCAGCUCAUCGCCGCCUACGUGCCCAACGUGGACACGGACGGCCACAAGUACGGGCCCAACAGCACCGAGACCAGGGCCACCAUCCAGCGCGUCGACGCCAUGCUCGACGACCUCUUCGCGGGCCUCGAGCGCCGCAACCUCACCGACAUUGUCAACGUCAUGGUCGUCUCCGACCACGGCAUGGCCACCACCGACGCCUCCCGCCUCGUCCAGCUGGAGGACCUGGUGGACACGUCGGCCGUCGAGCACACGGACGGCUGGCCGCUGUACGGCCUGCGCCCCAAGGACGACGAGCACACGCAGGCCCUGCACCGCCAGCUCAGGCACGCGGCCCGGUCCAACCCCAGCUUUGACGUCUACCUCCGCGACGUCGACAUGCCCGCCCGGUACCACUUCGCCAACAACCCGCGCAUCGCGCCGCUGUGGAUCGUCCCCAAGACGGGCUGGGCCAUUGUCACCAGGGACGAGUUCGACGUGCACGAGGCCAAGGGCAAGGCGCUGGUCUACCACCCCCGCGGGCUGCACGGCUACGACAACCAGCACCCGCUGAUGAGGGCCAUCUUUAUCGCCAGGGGGCCGGCGUUUCCCCAUCCCGCCAACAGCCGCCUCGAGCCGUUUCAAAACAUCAACGUGUACAACAUCCUCUGCGACUCUCUCCACAUCCAGCCGCGGCCCAACAACGGCACCCUGCGACUGCCCCUGAAGCCCGUCGGCGUGCACGAUGCGGCCGCCCAGCCGGAACUCCCUGAUCCACCGCCGCCCGCGUUGUCCGCUUCUCAGGAUGCCCCCGGGCGCGCUUCUGCCCCUACCUCUGUCGCCGCACCGCCCCAGCCGACCAGCGGGGCCACCCCAGACCAGCCACCCGCAUCUUCUCACGACGGUCCCGGGCGCGCCUCCUCCUCCUUCUCCUCCUCCUCCUCCUCCUCCUCCAUCCCUGUCGCUGCUGCGCCGCCUGGUCCGGCAAGCCAGGCUGCCAGCGCGGGGGCGGACGCGGCAGCCCCGGGCGAUGCCUCCUCCAUCGGGGACAGGCUGAAGGGCUGGUGGGGCUGGCUCGCGGACAAGCUUGGCCACGCGUGGGACAGCAUCACCGGGUCGGCGCAGUAG